UGACGUCCGCCUCUGGUUCCAUCUCUUGCAUCUCAUCUCAUCUUUGGGAUAUUUUUCCAUUAUCUCGUUCGCGACAUGCCCACAGUGAAGAGUCGAAAUGGACCAAGCGAAGGGGUCUCCUGCUCUGGUGGACUGGCAUUCUGAUGCCUACUGGAAGAACCGUCGGCUUUCGCCCGAGCAGCUUCAAGUCCACGAUAUUCGCUUGGAGGGAUGGCGGGCAGAUGUUGGUCCGAUGCUUGAGAUGAAAGAGGUGUUGCCCUCAACGCUGUUGCCGGACCUGGAGAAUCGCGACAGGCUUCUUAAUUCUAUGCGCCUAGAAGAGGCAACCAAGAACCGGAAUGAGCAGACCCAGUUAAAGAGUCUCGCCGCUGAGUAUGGAUGGAUGAACUGUUUGAGAAGCCGUGGUGUUCAGGAAAACCUUUCCGAUCCCCCUGAUCUUCGGAAACUUCGGUGGAUUCAUAUUUCAAGCAAAUUUUCUGAUUACCUUCAUGGGUGCCUCUUAGCCCUUUCGGACUGGAGCGACGAUCCAUCUGCUGUUGUUGAUUCUCUUCAUCAAUUGGAACAUUCCAUCUCUCAAAACGAGCGUUUUUCGAAGCACGGGAGGUAUUUUGCGCCAUUCUUUCAGGAUCUUCGCAGUGGAACUCCAAAUGAAAAGAGUCAUGAAGAUACACCAAUGCUUAUCAGCGUGCCCUUUUUGGACUGGGCUGUUGAAGGACAGCCACCUCCACUUAGAUUUCAAGUGGAUCCUCGCGAAGGCUAUCAGUCUAGCAAAUCAACAUCUCAUAUGCUACGGUCCAUAUUGCAACAUUUCUACCGCCUCGAGGAUACUAGCGACCGAGAAAGUCAACAGGUUUUUACAAGGCAUAAACCAUGGAUGACUGACCGCGAUCUCGACCUCAAGGUCCGCCGUUGGUAUGGAAGUUACCCAUCCAGCCUCAAGGUCGAUGAGCUAUGGAUCUUGGUUAUAGAUUCGCGCCACAUAGUCACGUUCUCAAGCAACCAAAGCUGGAAGUCUCGAUGGCCGCCUCUCCAGCUCGCUUCUAGGAUAAUGGAAGUAUCAUUUCGAGGAAUCCGGAAUUCAUUCCUAUCCUCGGACAACCAGGAUUACACGUCGUCCAUCCACGUUAUCACCGCCUUGGGUGGUGCUCUAGGCAUGUUACAUCGAAGCUUUUGGACAGACAUCACGCUUUGUCUUUCAGACCGCUAUGCCAGCUACCUAGGCCAAUUGCAAUACCGACUUCAUAGAAGUCCGAGCACCAAGCUUGUCAUGGAUCUUCUCCAAGUCCAGGAAGAACUAAACAUCAUAAUUCAAAUCAUGGAUCAGCAAAUCGAGCUGGUCACAGAUCUUCAGACUGCAUAUAACGGAAAUACAAAAACGAAACGAGGACAGUCGCGCAGCUCCACCAAACCCUACCGCCAUCAUGCGAGCGAGUCUUUAUCCCAUCCAGACAGAGCAACAUAUAGGCAAUAUUCCUUCUCUACGCUCACAGACCCAAUUUCCCAGCUUUUGGAGAAUCUUCAGCGCGAAUACGUUGACUUGUGCGAUCUUCGCGAAAACAGCAACGCUCUUAUCAAUCGUACGAUUCAGCUAGUCAACAUUCGUCUCGAAGAUCACGGUAAAGCUAUUCUGGUGUUCACCAUCGUCACCAUAAUAUUUCUUCCUCUCUCCUUCGUCUCCAGCUUUUUCGGGAUGAACUUUUCCGAUAUACGUAAUAUGGAUAGUACACAGGGCCUUUUUUGGAUAACUUCCGGGUCCCUCACAGUCGGUACCGUUGGAUUUGCGAUAUUCCUGGCAUUUUAUGGCGGUUCUCUCAUGGAAUGGUUCUUCGGAUGGAGAGAAAACAGUCGGCGCCGGGUAAGAUCCCCGGACCGUCCCUCCCUACGUCCACUAGAAAGGGGACAGGGAAUUUUCAGAAACUUUGAAGUCUUGGAUGUUGUUCGACCUGGUCGAAAUGGGUUGUUCUAAUGUGCCUACUUCUCAACGUGCUCCUUGCACGUGCAGCCUGAUCGCAUGUUCUGGGUUGUUCCACACCA